CGAGGGCUUGGUCUUCUUCGCCGUCCUCCGGGUCGCACUUGGCAGCAGGUGGAUCCUGCCGCCCCUGCUCGGGGGAUGAGCACAGCGGGUCCUCUUCCCGCUCGGCCUCGUUCCCGCCCUUUGCUUUGCCUCCUGGCAAAGCCCGGACUUGGCCAGCGCCGGGUGGAGCCGGUCCCAGUGCCCUCACUGCUACCUCCAUGGUUCCUGCCCCUCCAUCUUCUCUUCUCCAGAAACGGGACCCUGACUCUUCCUCGCUGAGUCUUACCAUGUGGUUUCAGGAUGCUCUAGUGACCCGUCAGUGUCUUCUUCUGAGCUUUAAAGCAUCUUGCCUGCUGGUGCUAUUGAGUUUGGGCACUGGCCGGCAAGGAGGGAUGGCGCUGAAUUGCCCCAAGAACUGUGUCUGUGCCAGCAACAUCAUCAGCUGCUCCAAAGCGGACCUGAAAGUCUUCCCUCAUCACCUUCCUCAUUACGCCACCGUCCUGGACUUUAGCCACAACCAGCUGACUCACCUGCGCGCAGAGUGGGCUCCUUUCCAGCUCUCUCACCUCCAUUCCUUGUUCCUCAGCCACAAUGGCCUUCACUUCAUCUCCACUGAGGCCUUCAGCAACGUCCCCCACCUGAAAUACUUGGACCUCUCCUCCAACGCCAUUGAUUCACUGGGAGAGAACAUCUUCAGCAAACUGACUGAGCUGGAGGUGCUCCUCCUGUUCAGCAACAAGAUCUCCAAGAUUGACCACUCAGCUUUUGAUGACAUGGCCAACCUCCAGAAACUGUACCUUAGCCAUAAUGAGAUCACCCGCUUCCCCCUAGAGCUGGUAAAAAGGGGAGAUGCCAAGCUUCCCGAACUGGCACUGCUGGACCUUUCUUCCAACAAGAUCAAGAACCUGCAUGUGAAAGAGGUCAGUGGGCUCCCAGCCUGGAUGAAGAACGGCCUCUAUGUUCACAGCAACCCCCUCAGCUGCCAAUGUGAGCUUUUCAACCUCUUCACCCACUGGCAGAAGCGGCAACUCAGCUCAGCUGUGGACUUUAAGGAAGAGCUCCAGUGCUUUGAUCAGGCCAAGAAUAAAAACAUCACAAUUUCCAGCCUGUCUGAUCCAGAGGGCAUGAACUGCAGUGCCUUCAAGGAGCAAGCCCUAGAGUUCCACCGUGGGGACAAGGUAACCAUCAAUUGUGAUACCAGGCAGCGAGGAGUGACAGUUAAGGAAUGGGUGACACCCCGAUAUGAGCAUGUUCAACAGGAGGACGAUAAUAACACUAUUACUCUGCUGCCAAACGGAAGCCUUCUGAUAAGUAAUAUCAGCACAGAAGAUAUGGGUCUGUAUACCUGUUAUGCAGUAAGCCAGGUGUUCAAUGAGACCCUCUAUGUACAAGUCACAGUCCAUAACUAUACCCUUCAUGGAGCCCCAGACAUGCUCAACACAGCCUAUACCACACUAGUGGGCUGUAUUCUGAGUGUCAUUCUGGUGCUCAUCUACCUUUAUCUGACUCCAUGCCGUUGCUGGUGCCGCAGCAAUGAGAAGCAGGCUAACCAACAAGAGGACAGUAUCAACUCUUCAGUGCUCAGCACCACUCCGAAUCACAAUGCUGAAGUGACUGGGGACAAGGAAGGAUUAAACCGGAACACCGUGCCAAGCAGAGCCCAAGGCCAGAAUGGCAAAUGCAAACCCACCAAUUCCCCCAAACAUCCACCCAAAGGAGUCCAGAAGGUAGAGAGAAAAUUGUCAGAUCCAGAUUCAGUCAGCUCCGUCUUCUCUGACACUCCCAUUGUGGGACCCUCACCAAAUGAAGGCGGGAGAGGAAGCAGUAGGGACAAAGCAGCGACUGAAUUAGUUGGACUGCUGUGAUCAUUCAGGCUAUGAAAGGAAAGGAACAGAUCCACAUCUUGAUCAUCAAGUCAGGCACUAUUCUAUAAUCUGCCACAGUCUGUAAGAGCAUUCCUGUUUGGUUCCCUUCUUGUUGUGUCCAGUGUUGAACACCUGAUGUCUCAACUUGCUCCCCAGCAGUUUCUGAGCCUUCUGUUUUUUUUUGUUUUUUUUUGUUUUGGAAUGUGAUCUUUCGGUUCCCUUGCGCUGGAAGUUUGCAAGCAUCCCACUGAGAA